AUGCACACGAGCACGUCGUCCUUGACGGGCGCCACCACCUCAUCCCGCGUCUCCAUCUCUCACUACAACCCGUGUUUGCCACCGGUAGACGUUGUCGCACGCUACACCGAUCUGCUCAAGCGAGGGUCCGAGACGCGCCUCACUCGACUACUUCGAGCCAAGGCGUAUGUUCAGCUACAUGACUACGCGUCGGCUUGCGCGGACUUGGAUGACUGGCUCCAGGAAACUGAUCCUACGGCACACGGCAUCAACGCAGGUGCGGCAGCUGACAGGCUUACAGAGGCUCUCUUCUACCGCGGUGUCUGCCGCGCUCGACUAUCACAAGUAAAGGAUGCCGUGGCCGAUUUUACGGAGGUGCUGCAACGUAAGCCAGGUCAUCGGCGGGCCCACUACGAGCGGGCCGCGUGUCACGCGCGACUCGACGAUUUUUUCAACGCCAUUGCUGACUACGAAGCUGCCCUGCAGCUGGAUGAGGUGGGAAGAGAGAAGGAGAACCUUCGCCGGUACCGAGAGCGUCGCCACUGUUCGGAACAGCAACAACCACGACGUAUGCGGUCGGCGUCGUUGCGGCCAAGACUGGGCCCUCUCCCGCUCGGCAGCAUUGCCGUCCGGCCGCCCUCCAACGCAAUCUCGCCGCUGCGCCAGCAGAUGUCAACACCUGCAUCAGAAAAGGGGCAGCUCACUGACGGACCUGUCGCGCCAGAGCACUCAACCCCAUGCUCACAGGUCUCCACACGCGGCGCCAUGGCGGGCAGUGGUCGGCGUACGUCCGCGAGCGAGGCCUCGGACAGCGCUGUGGCGGCGGUGUCCUUGUCAGCGUGCACGAUGCCUGCUGUGGGCGCCGGCGCGACGACUCUCACCGCGAUUCUCGGCCGCCGAAAUUCGCAAGGCUUCUCAGACCACAGCCACGAUAACUUGACAAGCGUCUCUUCCAGCACCGAAUCGUUGCUGGAUGGCAGCGUUAUGAAAGUGGACGAGAUGGUCGAGGAAGCGAGCGCGAUUCGAACGCACGAGAUCGCCGCCUCCUGCAGCUCCCGCCACGAGAACUCCGAGAACGAGCACGGCAUGCUCGCCGCGGUGGACCCAACGUGUAUACUGAGCUCCAACAACAGCGAGGGCGGGGAGUGGCUGCCGGACGACAUGCUGGAGGCGGAGACUUGGCAGCAGAGUGAGGGCAGCCGCGCCGCCACCCGCACGGCAACGGCUGGGCAGCCUCUCCUCAAUGAGCAUUACUUUUACCAGCGCGGGUUAGAACACCGCCGGCGCGGCGAGCUGGAGGCAGCGGUCCACAUGUACACAAAGGCGCUGGAGCUUUCGCCGACGCACUUCAAGGCACUAUUCAACCGGGCCUUCUGCGAAGAUAGGCUGAAGAACUACACGCGUGCCAUCGAAGACUAUACUGCCGCCUUGGAUCUUGACCCACGCAACCCGUUUACGCACUACAACCUCGGCAUCAGCUACGAUCACAAGGGUAGCCCUGCGCGCGCAUUGCAGGCCUUCACCCGCGCCAUCGAGCUCGACGACCGCCACCCCGACUUCUUCCACAACCGCGGAUUUACGCAGCGAAAGCAGGGUGCCUACGCGGCCGCCAUCGCCGACUACACAACUGCCAUCUCGUUGGACCCGAAGCACUUCAAGUCGCACUACAACAGAGCCUACUGCUUUAGUAAGCUUGGCCGCUACGAGGAGGCGGUGGCAGGCUACGCAGCUGCGCUGCAGAUCGUCAGCGACAACGCAAACGCAUACCACAACCGCGGAGCAGCGCUGGCAAAGCUGGGGAGGCUGGAAGCGGCUGUCGAGGACUUCAACAGUGCGCUGCGGCUGAACCCCAAGCUGGCCUUCGCGCUCAACGCCCGCGGCCUCGUGUACGAUCAGCUGCAGCAGUACGACAAGGCCUUGGCGGAUUUCACGGAAGCGAUCCGGCUCGACCAGCGCAAUCCUGCCUGGUUGCACAAUCGCGGCUACACCUAUCGCAACAUGGGCGAGCUGGAGCUGGCGAUUGCCGACUACAGCGCCUCCAUCAAGCUUGCUCCGCAUAGUCACACGGCAUAUACCAACCGCGCAUUUGCCUUUCGAAAGCUGGGCCGGUAUGAGGCGGCUAUCGAGGACUACACAAAGGUGCUGUGCGAGCAUCCAGGCGUGCAGACGAAGGUGCUCAACAACCGCGCCUACUGCUUUGCACGCUUGAGCCUCUUUGAGGAUGCGAUCCGAGACUACACCGAGGUACUUGCCACCGACCCGGUCAACGCCCAUGCGCUGUACAACCGCGGAAUCAGCUUUGAAAAGUGCGGCAAGUACAACGCCGCUGUCGACGACUUCACGCGGGCCAUCCGACUAGCACCAGAGGCGCCAUCUACAGCCAACAGCUACUACAGCCGCGGCACAUCACGGCUGCAGCUGCAUCAGGUGCCGCAGGCCACCGAGGACCUCAAACAGGCUCUCAAAUUGGAUCUGAUCGCGUGCGGGCUGAGCGGUGAAGCGCUCCACGCGUUUCAGACUGAGCACCCGGCUUGGCGCCUCCUGGAAGACCUCGGCGCAGACUAG